GGGGGGCCACCUUUGCGAAUCUCGCGGUGUUUGCGCGAGACUGCUUCCUUCCUUCCUCCCUUGCUCGUCCUCCUGCUUUCCUCCCCCUCUUCCCCGCCCGGCUUCCCCCUUCUUCCCACGCCGGUCCCCUCCCCGCAGGGAUAAUAUGGUCUCCGGCGAUGGACGUGCCAAGUGCAGGAUAUGCCUUUGAUUAUCUUAUUGAAACUUUAAAUGACAGCUCACAUAAGAAGUUCUUCAAUGUACCUAAACUUGGAGGCACCAAGUAUGAUGUUCUGCCUUACUCAAUACGGGUCCUGUUGGAAGCUGCUGUACGAAACUGUGAUGGCUUUUUAAUGAAAAAGGAAGAUGUUAUGAACAUCUUAGACUGGAAAACCAAACAAAGCAAUGUUGAAGUGCCCUUUUUCCCUGCCCGUGUUCUUCUUCAAGAUUUUACUGGAAUACCUGCCAUGGUGGAUCUUGCUGCUAUGAGGGAAGCAGUGAAAACCCUUGGAGGGGAUCCCAAGAAAGUCCAUCCUGCUUGUCCGGCGGGCCUCACAGUUGACCAUUCUUUGCAGAUAGACUUCAGCAGAUGUGCAAUACAGAACGCGCCAAAUCCUGGAGGUGGUGACCUGCAGAGAGCAGGAAAGCUGUCUCCAGUUAAAGUGCAGCCUAAGAAGCUUUCCUGCAGAGGCCAGACUCCCUGCCGAGGAUCCUGUGGUUCUGGAGAGCUAGGCCGAAACUCAGGAACCUUUUCUUCGCAGAUUGAGAACACACCCAUCCUGUGUCCUUUCCAUUUGCAACCAGUGCCUGAACCUGAAACAGUGUUAAAAAACCAAGAAGUAGAAUUUGGCAGAAAUCGAGAGAGGCUUCAAUUUUUCAAGUGGAGUUCAAGAGUUUUUAAGAAUGUGGCUGUCAUCCCACCUGGAACUGGAAUGGCUCAUCAAGUAAACUUAGAGUAUCUGUCCAGAGUUGUUUGUGAAGACAAGGACCUCCUCUUUCCAGACAGCGUAGUCGGCACAGAUUCUCAUAUAACCAUGGUCAAUGGUUUGGGGAUUCUUGGGUGGGGAGUCGGAGGCAUUGAAACAGAAGCAGUUAUGCUUGGUCUUCCAGUUUCUCUUGCUUUACCAGAGGUGGUUGGAUGUAAGUUAACUGGGCCACUCAACCCUUUCGUUACAUCCAUCGAUGUUGUUCUUGGCAUUACGAAGCACCUCAGGCAAGUAGGAGUGGCCGGGAAGUUUGUUGAGUUUUUUGGAAGUGGUGUUUCCCAAUUAUCUAUCGUUGAUCGAACUACAAUAGCAAACAUGUGUCCUGAAUAUGGUGCUAUCCUCAGCUUUUUCCCUGUUGACAAUGUGACAUUAAAACAUUUAGAACAUACAGGUUUUGACAAAACCAAGCUCCAGUCAACGGAAAAAUACCUGAAAGCUGUGAAAUUGUUUAGAAAUGAUCGGAAUUCUUCAGAACCUGAAUAUUCCCAGGUGAUACAGAUUAAUCUAAAUUCAAUCGUUCCAUCAGUCAGUGGUCCAAAAAGGCCUCAGGAUAGAGUUGCUGUGACAGACAUGAAAAGUGAUUUCCAGGCUUGCUUAAAUGAAAAGGUUGGAUUUAAAGGCUUCCAAAUUGCAGCUGAAAAACAAAAUGAUAGCAUCUCUAUCCAUUAUGAAGGAAGUGAGUAUAAGCUGUCUCACGGAUCAGUGGUCAUUGCCGCAGUUAUCAGCUGCACCAAUAAUUGCAACCCAUCUGUCAUGCUUGCUGCAGGUCUUCUGGCUAAAAAGGCUGUUGAAGCUGGUCUUCGUGUUAAACCUUACAUAAGAACAAGCUUAUCUCCUGGCAGUGGGAUGGUUACACAUUACCUCAGUUCAAGUGGAGUUUUACCCUAUCUUAGUAAGCUGGGGUUUGAAAUCGUUGGUUAUGGAUGUUCAACGUGUGUGGGAAACACAGCACCCUUGUCAGAAGCGGUUUUAAAUGCAGUAAAACAGGGUGAUUUGGUUACCUGUGGAGUUUUAUCUGGAAACAAAAGUUUUGAAGGUCGACUUUGUGAUUGUGUUCGUGCCAGUUAUCUUGCCUCUCCACCCUUAGUGGUGGCUUACGCCAUCGCAGGCACAGUGAAUAUAGACUUCCAGACAGAGCCUUUAGGUACUGACCCUGUGGGCAAGAACGUUUACCUGCGUGAUAUUUGGCCUAGUCGAGAAGAAGUUCAUCAGAUAGAGGAAGAGCAUGUUAUAUUGUCCAUGUUUAAAACACUAAAAGAAAAGGUAGAGAUGGGAAACAAACGGUGGAAUUCCUUAGAAGCACCAGAAUCAGUUUUGUUUCCAUGGGAUUUAAAGUCUACUUAUAUCAGAUGUCCUUCAUUUUUUGAUAAGCUUACCAAAGAGCCAGCUGCACUCCAGCCUAUUGAAAAUGCCCAUGUCUUACUAUACUUGGGAGAUUCGGUCACGACAGACCAUAUAUCACCUGCUGGAAGUAUUGCUAGGAGUAGUGCUGCUGCUAAGUAUUUGACAAACAGAGGCCUUACCCCUCGUGAAUUCAACUCUUACGGAGCCCGGAGAGGUAACGAUGCUGUGAUGACAAGAGGCACGUUUGCAAAUAUCAAGCUCUUUAACAAGUUUAUUGGAAAGCCAGCUCCCAAAACAAUUCACUUCCCAUCUGGGCAGACGCUAGAUGUAUUUGAAGCCGCAGAGCUGUACCAGAAAGAAGGCAUCCCACUGAUUAUUUUAGCAGGAAAGAAAUACGGUUCAGGAAACUCGAGAGACUGGGCUGCCAAAGGACCAUAUUUACUGGGUGUGAAAGCUGUUUUGGCUGAAAGUUAUGAAAAAAUACACAAAGAUCAUUUGAUUGGGAUUGGCAUAGCUCCACUUCAGUUCCUCCCAGGAGAAAAUGCAGAUUCCUUGGGCCUCUCUGGCAAAGAAACAUUUUCCUUAACAUUUCCUGAAGAGCUCUUCCCUGGAGUUACGUUAAAUAUAAAGACAAGUACUGGAAAAGUAUUCAGCGCGAUUGCUUCAUUUGAAAAUGAUGUGGAGAUAACAUUGUACAAACAUGGAGGAUUGUUAAACUUUGUGGCACGAAAAUUCUUAUAGUAUCUGCUCACUGUGAUGUCUUUUGUGACUGGUAACUGCACGGCCUUUUGUGCUGGACCCAGGAAUCUUUGCCAUGGAGCUGCAAACAGUUCGGUAUACUCACUUAUCCAUCUGUGGAUGUAAAUGAUUAUGAAUCACCGUGGUGACUGCGAAGAAAUCUUGAUUUUAAAUAAUAUACGAAUGGUGCUAUUAACAUUGCUAAAAUCAACGUGUGAAGUGUGUUGUGAAAGAGACCUGUAAGUAUGGGGGGGAAUAUUUUAUCAGACCAUUUUGUAAAUAAAGGCAGAAUUUGAACUUGUGUUGAAGAUUCUUCUAUGAGUAACCUUCUCAAAGUUGUUUGUUUAGUUUUGCACCUAAAAAACUGAACUACUGUUUGUUGGUUUAAGAGUCAGGAGAUUGAAUAUAAGAAGCCAGAUAAGACUGUAAAGUUGUGGAAGGUAGGAUCUGAUUUAUAAAUGGACUUUUUCAAUGAAUUCUUUUUCAGAAUUGAGCUGGA